AUGAAUCCAACACAAGAGGUAGCUUUUGAAGAGACCGUCCAAUGGACUUCAAAUAUUUCUUCUGGCGAUAUCGUUAGAGGUUUACCCCUCCACAUAUUGCUUGCCUGGGCGCUUUUUGUUCGCCUGACGAGAGGCGUGCUUUCUAAAACGAUCGACUUUGGUAUCAUCAGUUCAUUCUUAUCGGAAGAUAUUAAGGUUGAUCCUGGUUGCAAUUAUGUGGAGGCUCUUGCGCAAUUUCAGACGAUACGAUUCGGAAAUGAACCUUUUUGCGUUUUGCAUCAGCGUUGCCUACGAUGGACGUUGCUGUUAGUUUUUUGGAUAAACAGACGCCUACACUCACCUGUAUUCAAAGGAAGUGAUAUGCUACACGAGAUCGAGGUGUACCGCGACUUUUUUGCACCCAUCGCCAAACCGGUACUUCCACCUUGGCAAUACUGUAGAGUCGUUGCCAAUAUACGAGCACUUUUUUGCGCGAGUAUACCUCCUCCACUCAAGAAAAGACAUACAUCUUCCCUGGUGGGUCCAAAACCAGCUUUUAAUUCGGCGUUCGAGUUUCAUCUUUAUAAAGCGUUAGGCAAUACACUUGAUACCUUACAGCGUGAUAGUUUUCACGUAAGAUGGGAUUACAUUAACCCGAGGGAUUUGUUGCGGCAAACGCUAAGGCGCUUAGAACGUGUUGGUCUUGCCAACAUAGAAGCCCAGGGUUAUGCAAACAAAAUCGAGGGAGCGAUGUAUCCUCGCCUCCAUAGUGAAACAUUUAGUUCACUUUGGUUUUUUUUAGAAGCAAGCGUUGACGAUACCGUGGGGUUAGAUGAUAACAUGCAUCGCGCGAUCUCUGUUACCAUGUGGGAGGCCCUGCUUCAAUGCCUUGAAAAGGUCUUCUACGUCAUGCUCACCAAGAUCGAAUGCGGAUUUAUUGAACGAUGCUACUAUACACUACCGUUUAUGAUGGACUGCCUUGCGUUUAUCUCUACAAUUGAAUUGAAACUUUCGUGCUCAAAAGGCAUCCCCCCUGCCACGUAUUUGCGCUUCCGUGAUCAGAUUAGUGAGUUAUUCAGUAUGGUUAGAGUUCUUCAGGUGGCGGUGCAGAAGUUAUACACGAUGCAAUCCAAACAGCUGUUAGCGGGGGACUACAAAAGUUCUUCGAAACCCUUUACAACCAUCCCACCAGCUGACGCGCUUCCAACAACUCGCGAAGCUCUCAAGAUUAGCGCAGUAGCUCUGCAGCUACUCGCUGAAGUGGUGGAGCCCACUUUAUGCAUUCUCCGUCCAGUAUUAUUAAACGAAGAACACUCAAAGGAAGCAGAAAAUCAUCGUAAUCGCUCAGAAACCUUGCUCUUGGCAUCGGAUGGACGCUUCGCAAAAAUGAUAAUACAUUUUUUGGAGAAGAUGCUCACAUCAGAAUGGCAUGCCAUGAUGGAAAGAAACAGACUUCCCCUGUCAAGAGAGGGGACGCAAGCUAACCAAGACCACCAGCUUAUACAGAAGUACAUUUUGGAUGCAAAGAACAUUACAACCGAAAUAGUGCACUCAACAGUGCGAAGAGAUUAA